AUGUCAGCGGAUGCAGGCGAAACUCAACAGAGGUUAAAAGCAGCAGUUCAUUACACAGUGGGUCGUCUGUGUCAGAAGACUGCGGAGGAACAACGGAGGGAGUUCAGCCGACAGGUGGUAGCAGCGAUAGCCGAGACGACGUUCAGACAAUGUGAUAUCUUUGCUAAAGACCUGGAGGCUUUUGCACGGCAUGCUAAAAGAAGCACAGUGUCUAUGGAGGAUGUAAAACUUCUAGCCCGUCGCAGCAAUGCAUUGUCCAUGUUCAUACAAAAUAAAAGUGAAGAACUGGCCCAGGAGCACGAGUUAAAAAAGAAGAGCGCUGGGAAGAGAGAGCAGAGACACUGA